AUAAGGUCCCUCUGUCUGUUUACCUUCUGUUACGCCUUCAUGUUGAUUGUUUACAUUUUUGACUGUGAUCAUAAUGGUAAUUUACAGUGUUUUUAUGGUUAGCAAGAAUGGUGGGCUGAUUUAUCAUUGCGAUCACCACCGUGCUGAUACAGAAAUUGAAAGGACGUUCAAAUACCCCCUCGAUUUGAAACUUUCAUGGAGAGACAAUCGACUUGUUGUUACAUUUGGCCAACAUGAUGGGAUCAAAGUUGGCUACAGUUUGAUGGCUGUCAAUGGCGAGCCUGUCGUGAGUCGUAAACUCGGGGAUAAAGAUGUUCUGGAGGAUGUUUUGGCGCAAGAAUCUCACUACCCUUUAACGUUGAAGUUUGGAAUUGCACCUUUAAGCUCAAAUGAGAAAAUUGUAUUCGCUUCUAUGUUCCAUUCCAUGUGUGCCAUUGCCUCCCUGCAAAUCAACCGAAAUUGUAUCAAAGAUCCAAGCAAAUCACGCAGCAUCGCAUCUGGAAUUGAGGUUUUGGAGACUGACAAUUUUAGGCUCAACUGUUUUCAAACAUUGACUGGUCUUAAGAUUAUUGUUAUGAGUGAUGUGUCUUCUUUUAGUCCACGCAAGGAAGUUCUUUUGCGGAAAAUUUAUGACCUGUACACCGAUUAUGCAUUGAAAAAUCCCUUCUACUCGUUGGAUAUGCCGAUCAGGUGUGAGCUUUUUGAUACAAAUCUGCAAUUGCUUCUAGAGCAACGGGAAAUGUAAUAAUUGCAUACAAUAUUAACAAAAUUCAUUGCAAUAAAUAUAUUUUAUUAUCAAAUUA